AUGAAAAAACUAAUUGAUAUAAUAAUAACUAUAGCAAAAGGUGGUCGUGCAUUAGGUGUUCAUGAUGAAAAUUCAAAAAGUUUAGAAAAAGGUUUGUUUCUAGAAAUUGUUGAACUUAUUUCUAGGUAUGAUCCAGUAAUGAAGGAUCAUUUAGAAAAUGCUCCAAAAAAUUCAACCUAUUUAAGUCCAGAUAUUCAAAAUGAUAUUAUCAAAAGUAUUCAAAAUGUUAUGCUUCGGUCUAUUAUUUCAUCGAUAAAGUGCAAACCUGUGUCUAUUAUAGCUGACGAGACAACUGAUUUAGGGCACAAUGAGCAACUUUCUCUUGUUAUCAGAUAUUUUGAUGAAGACACUUACAUGCCUGUUGAACGCUUUAUUGGUCUUCAUAGAGUUGAAAAAGUUGAUUCUCAAUCAAUAUUUGAUGAACUAUCCAAAAUGUUAUCAAGUUUAACUAUUGAGUGGAAUGAUAUUACAUCAGUUUGUUUUGAUGGAGCAGCAGCCAUGUCAGUACUAGUUGAUGCUUGUACGUCUUCUAAAGAAAAUCGCAUCGUUUUUGAAUUUUUUGGAGUAGUGCAACUAACAUAUGCUUUUAUAGAAGGAAGUGCUGUUCGUCAUGCUAUUCUUGAGAACAUUUCUAAACAAAUAAAUGUUACAUUGAGAACUAUGAAGUCACUGUCAACAACAAGAUGGGCAUGUAGGUCAGAAGCCGUCAGUGCUAUAAAACAUAAUUAUUUAGCACUGAUUAAAGCCUUAGAAAAUAUUACUUAUUCAACUAAACAAACAGAUGUUAAUGCUAAAGGACGUGGAUUAUUAUAUCAACUUAAAAAUUUUAAUUUUAUACUUGGACUUUAUAUGAUGGAUCCUAUACUUACAAUGAUUAAUAAAGUAAGUAAAUAUUUACAAAGUGAAAAUUGUGAUUUAUUAUCUGCUAUGAACUACAUUAAAUCUCUUAGGUCUGCUAUUAAUGAUAUGCGUUCUGAAUGUAACUUUAAAUGUAUUUAUGACUUAACUGUUUCUAUGUGUACAAAUUUAGAUGUAACUAUACCAAAACCUAAAAAACGUGAAAUUGCACUACGAAUUGAUAAUGGUGGUAGUAAUCAGUUCUUUCCAGAUACAAAUGAACAAGAAUUAAGACUCGGGUCAUUUUAUCCAAUGCUCGAUAUAAUUAUGAAUGGUUUAGAUGAACGAUUUAAUCAAGAUACUAUAAAUAUAAUAAGUUCAAUAGAUAAAUUAUUAAACUUGGAUAUUACUAAUACAGAUUUGAAUAUUUUAUCUAAUCAUUUUAAGUGUGUUGCGUGCCAGUAUCAGAUUUGA